UUAUUUCACGUCACCAUUAAGCCCUUCUGUGAAAAUGAGCGGACCAAAGAGAAGGAAAGUGGACAGGGAAUGCCGAGUGUUUAAUAAGGAGUGGACAACAAAAUACUUCUUCACUGAAGUCCGAUCAACGGCUGUAUGUCUGAUAUGCCAAGAAGCUGUUGCGGUUUUCAAAGAGUACAAUAUCAGCCGUCACUUUGCCACGAAGCAUGCAAACUAUGCUAGCAAGCAGUCAACACAAGAACGGGCGGCUACUGCUCAGAGGUUGGCAGCUAAUUUACAGAGUCAACAGAACUUUUUUCACCGACAAACUGCAAUUCAAGAGUCAAGUACCAAGCUGGGUGAGUUGGGCAAAGGUGCAGGGAAAGGAGGGGGUGGCGGAGGAUCUGUCAGAGAGGCAGGAAAGAAACAGGCUGCAGAGGAGGAAAUGUACUUCAGGCGUAAAGAGCAGGAACAGUUGGCUGCACUGAAGCAGCACCACCAAGAGGAGAUUGAUCACCACAAGAAGGAGAUUUCGAGGCUGCAGAGCGAGAUUGACCGUCACAAGGGGAAAAUUAGGAAGCUGAAUCAUGAUGAUUGAGACUCACUCUAUUUGAAUGAAGCCCAGGGAUUCUUUAUUGCCUACCUCUAGACAUCGCCUGCAUUGCCUCUCUGGGCCAGCUCUGUGUAUGUGUGAUUAAUUGUUCUGUAUAUGCUCAAGGUUAUUAAAACAAUUAUUUGAUAUGGUUAAUGUUA